AUGGUCGAGUUGGUAUCAUUGUCCCAAAGGUUGUUCGGAGCUCAUGGACGAAAUGUUGCAUUUACAUUCAGCUCAAGCACUUGUGUAACUGAGAUACUUCGGGAUCGUGUGGACGUGCCAUCAAAUAGGAACACUCUUAAUGGAUUUAGAACUUUUUUUAGCGGCAAAGAUCUGUCAGCCAAGAAAUGUGUGUCGUGCAACUCUGGAGAUAUGAGGCCCAUGACUGAACAAGCAGCCAAUCAGUUGAUCCAACAGGCUGUUGCUAAUGUUGCUGAAACAGAAGGUCAUCAUCCAGAUCUUCAUCUUGUCGGAUGGAACAAUGUGAAAAUUGAUAUAUGGACCCAUUCUGUUGUUGCUGCUACAUGUUCAUGGAUGAUAUUCCGAAACCCAAUCUCAGCUAUGAAUGCCUUUGGUUGUGGAGUGACACUUGUGGGAUGCACAUUUUAUGGUUAUGGGGAGUGA